CUUCGUGUUUUAGCAAUUGUGGAAAUAUUGCCGUGUCGGGGAUUCUCGUCGAGUACUCAAGGAAUCGAUUUACUCUACGAUGACACUAAUCGCUCCGGCCUGAUUGAGGCAAGGCUUCGCUUGAUUCACGGGAACUUGAAAGGAAAAAAUAAGGAACUCUCGUUCAGGGGCACCGGCUGGGGCCACGGUCAACAAAAGUCUCGACCAGGAUCGCCAAAGUUUCGAAGAUUUGUUUGUUGUUUGUUGUAUUUGAAAUUAAACGGCCUAUCCUCUAAGGCUGAGGUGCAGGAAAUUGAAGCUUUGAUGACUGCAACGCUACCACAUAGGAAUCUACUUCGUUCUACCAACGAGCUGUCCAUUCUAAAGGCCUACAAUAAGUUUGGCGAAUGUGAUUUCUUGGUAAACUGCCCUUCUCUUCUACAUCCUGAUUCAGAAACCAACUUCCUUGACACUUGGCCGUCUCUCUCCCAAUGCAUCAUAGAUAAGACGAAAAGUUUAUGCAAACCCCCUUCACUCCUUAAAUUUAUCAAUAAAGAGUCUGGUAAACUUGAGUUAUUAUGGGGAUUUGAAAGCUGCGAAGAUUUUGAUGAUGAGACCUCAAUUUUUACAACAAACCAAGUUUGGUUCGGGGGUUAUGAUUAUAGAUGCAAUUUUGUUGUAUAUUAUGAAAUAGGACCAAUUUUUCCCCAGUUCGGUUUAAUUUCCGAGUUAAUUGUACUAGAAGAUAAUUCUUCUUUAAUUCUAAUUAAUCCUUCGAAAGUACAAUAUUUUUGUCUCGAAACGUUUGCUUAUAAAAUUGCCCCGGUACAAGAAACGUUUAAAUUAAUUAAUAUAAGUAGUUUAGUAAUUCAUGACGCCGUGGAAAUAUAAACUAAUUGUAAAUUGGGCGGUAUGUAUGUUAUUUUAAGACAUCAUUUUCAAUUAAUUUGUAUGCCAAUAAUAACAAGUUGUA